AUGAAACGUUUGAAGCAGCAGCUCUACUCAGAUCAUAUACCAGAUGAUCUACUUAUCGAAAUAUUCUCUCGACUCCCUAGAAAGUCUAUAGAUAGGUUUCGUUGCGUAUCGAAAUCCUUGGGGUACAUACUUGGUCGUCCUGAUUUCAGAGAGCUGUUUCUCACCAAGUCAUCCACUCGUCCACGGAUCCUUUUCACCGUAGCAUCUGAUGGCAAGUUAUUAUUCUAUUCUUCACCUCAGCCUCAAAAUCCAGAUGAUAACUCUACUCUUGUGCCCACACCUUAUCAUACGUCUUUUCCCCAUAAAUUUCUAUCUGCUUACAGUCCUACGGUCUGUGGAUUGGCCCUCCUUAACGAUUUUAGAAAAAAAAAAGUGAAGGUGAUUUGUAACCCCAUGACGGGAGAGUUCCUAACCUUACCCACGGGGCUUCGAAAAGACAAAACCUUAGCCCAAUUGAAAGCUAAGGCUUUCAAGAAAGCGAAAGCCAAGGGUUUCAAGAAAGCGAAAGCCAAGGGUUUCAAGAAAGCGAAAGCUACGGGUUCAGCAAUUUGUCUUGGCUAUGAUCCCAUCAGCAAACAGUUCAAAGUAUUGUGUGUGAGACCCAAUACUCAUCAUGUUUUGACAUUGGAGUCUGGAAAACCUUUGUGGAGAAUGAUCGAAUGCCAGUUUCAUUUUAAAGAGACUUAUAGAAUGCCCGGUGAUAUAUGCAUAAAUGGUGUUUUGUAUUCCAGGGCUAAGUUGGGACAAUCUGCUGUGAUGGUUUGUUUCGACGUUGGGUCUGAGAAGUUCGGCUUUAUUAACUUAGAUAAAGACGUGAACGGAGAGCCUGGAGAGGAUGAUGAUGAUUAUUACGAUGCUCGUUUGGCUUUGUUCAACUACAAAGGUAAAUUAGGUUUAUGUGAGGUAACAGUUUAUCGGGGUACAAAAACAAAAGAUGAACUUGUGUUGUGGGUGCUAGAAGAUGCUGCAAAUCACAAAUGGUCCAAGCUGACUUACGAAUUGCCUACUUCAAUCAGAGAUCAACGUUUUGUUGGAAUGACUGGUACUGGUGACAUCGUGUUCUACCCGUUCCCGCGCUUCUUCGGAGUAAAGAUUGACUGUCUUUACUUCUACAAUCUCGAGAGGAAAACCGUUGCAAGAGUCAAUAUUCAGGGAUUUGAAGGGUCUAACAAUCGUAGUACUUUUACUACGUGGAGAAUCUGA